AUCAUCAAUUACAUACCGAGGGCCACUACGCAGCAACCUUAGAAUUUGUAAUAAGCCUCCACUUCAUAACAAAGCGAAUUACCGACGAAUUUGAGCGACUUCAGAAUCUCCAAGCUAUAGUUGCAGCGCUGCCAGUAAAAUAAGCAAAAUGAGCAAGAUUGUGGUCGCCUUUGACCUCUACGGUACUCUGCUCUCCACAGGAAGUAUCGCAAAGGAAUUAGCUUCGCACUUUGGACAGGAGGAGGCUGAGUCAAUCGCUACGGUAUGGAGGAGAUAUCAGCUAGAAUACACCUGGAGAUUGGUUUGCAUGAAACAGUACGAAGACUUCUCGGAAGUGACUCGCAAAUCUCUGCAUCAUGCGCUUGGAGAACAUGGUCUUAGUCUCAAUGAGACAGACACCAAAAACCUGAUGAAGUCUUAUGACUCCUUGUCCACAUUUCCCGAUGUCAAUCCGGCUUUAGAGCGAUUGAAGGACAACUCCAACAUCGAGUGUGUCGUCUUCUCCAACGGGACUUCAGAAAUGGUCUCCUCUUCAGUUAAUGGCUCCGAAGAACUCAGUUCUUCGGUCUUUAAGGAUAUUAUCACAGUCGACGAUGUCCGAACUUUCAAACCUGCACCUGAAGUUUACAAGCACCUGGCAGAAAAGGUCGGAAAGACUGGUCAGAUGAGCGCCAUGUGGCUUGUGUCGGGCAAUCCAUUCGACGUCGUCGGAGCUAGAGCGAUGGGGAUGCAAGCAGCCUGGGUGGAUCGAGCAGGCAGUGGUUGGCAGGACCAGCUGGGCCUGGAACCCACGGUAGUCGUGAAGAGCUUGGAAGAAGUCGCUGAUGCUGUCGAAAAGCAUGCCAGAAACUCGAAGUAGUAGGGGAUGUAAG